AGCAGAGAAAAAAAAAGAGAGGAGAAAUCAAUCUUCGUUUCAAAGAAAGAAGAGAGAAAGAAAAAGAGGGUGGGAGCCAUGAAGAGGAAGGGAGAAGAGAGCUUGGGUUCAGGGCACAAGUGGAUUAGAGGAAACAAGAUCGGGGAAGGACGCUUCGGCUCUGUGUUCGUUGCUUUCUUCAAGAGACCCUACAUCCAUAUCGACCAUAUGCCUGAGGCCAUGGCGAUAAAAUCAGCCAAGAUGAGGGACUCAGAGUCUAUUCAAUACGAGCUAGAGGUUUAUAGGGACUUGAACAAUCAUGGUGGUCUUUGCCCCUUCAUUAUUGAGCAUUACGGUGAAGAGGUAACAUGGAGCGAUGAGGGCGAAGAGGUUUAUAACUUGGCGUUGGAAGUUGCAUGGGGAAGUCUUGCAAGGCUUAUAAAGGUUUUCGGUUCUGGGUUGCCGGAAUCUGAUGUGCGGCGGUAUACCUGUGACCUUCUUGAAGGAAUUAGACACAUCCACAAGUGUGGUUAUGUCCACUGUGGCUUGAAGCCACAAAAUAUUCUUCUUGUGGAAAAUGAAGAUGACGACGUCUAUAGGUUCGUGGCCAAAGUGGCUGAUUUGGGGUUGGCUAAGAAGAAGGAUGAGGUUCAAGGAAGGUGGAGAGGCACACCCAUGUACUUGUCUCCGGAGGCUAUACUGUACAAUGAACAAGAGGAGCCAAGUGAUAUUUGGGCCUUGGGGUGCAUCGUUCUUGAGAUGCUCACUGGAGAGUGCCCUCGGAACCAUUUUUACGAUCAUGAGAGUGACACCCUCUACGUUGUUGAUGGAAUGGUGCCUAAAAUCCCGGAUACAAUCUCAAGUCUUGCAAGGGAUUUUCUAGAUUGUUGCCUAGCCGAGGAAAGGUCCACAGCCGAAGAGCUUCUGUCUCAUCCCUUUGUAGCAGAAGUUGUUAAACACUGAUCAGUCCCUAGUUUGUGCAACUUUUGAUUCGUCCAUUUGUAAUUUUUAAUGGAUGAUAUUGUAAUUAAUCUAGUCCUACUUUUUGUGGGAAUCAAAACAAAGUUGUAUAUAUGAGCUAUUGCUUAAUUGAUGGCUAAGUUUGUCUUUCAGUUCC